ACGUCCUCUGCCUUCGGCCUUAGCCGUCUGCUCUGCUCACUCUGCUGUCUCGCUUUAUGUCGAUGGUCGAAAGACUCCAAAAGACUCGGAAGUCGGAAUCGCAGCACAGCAUAUAAAUACAUAUAAAGUGCCUGCACUCUGCAAUUUUUCCUCGAAGGAAUGACAUUUAACUGGAGUGUAACUGAAGUAUUAUUUUUAAUAAUUUAAACAUCUGUUAGAAUAAUAUUACAAUUGUGUCGUACUAGGACACUUUGAGAUGGAACCACAGGAUAUUUACUACAAUAAAGCUGAAUAUGUUGAAACGGCUUCUGGAAAUAAGGUGAGCAGACUUACUGUAUUGUGCGGUUCGCAGAAUAUUGUACUACAUGGAAAGGUAAUAGUGCAAUCUGACGCUAUUAUUAGAGGCGAUUUGGCCAAUGUCAGGACCGGUCGCUAUUGUAUCAUCAGCAAAAAUGCAGUUAUCCGACCACCUUUCAAGAAAUUCAGCAGAGGAGUUGCCUUUUUUCCACUGACAAUGGGAAAUCAUGUGUUUGUGGGAGAGCGAGCAGUUGUAAACGCAGCACUGGUUGGUUCUUACGUUUACAUUGGAAAGAAUGCCAUAAUUGGCAGGCGAUCCGUUCUCAAGGAUUGCUGCUAUAUUGAAGAUGGUGCAGUUGUGCCACCAGAGACUAUUGUGCCAUCUUUUACUCGUUUUGCAGGCAGUCCAGCGACAUGUGUCGAAGAACUACCUGAGUGCACACUGGAUCUUAUGGUAGAUUACACAAAAAAUUAUUAUGAACAUUUCUUACCAGCGCGUGUUUAACGCUUAUUUAUUUGUAUAUUUGUAUAUAUAAGUCAACAAUUUAUUAUUAAGUCUAUUCUUUUCAACUAUAUUACACAUGCUUUGCAAUUAUAUACAUAAUCAAGUAUCACAUGUGCGUGACAGCAAAAUUAGAGAAAAGUUAAGAGAAUACACAACAAUUGAAAAGAAUAGUUUUAACAAAGAAAAAUUUGCAACUUAAAAAUUUUAAAAAUUAUAACACUUUGGCAGUAAAGGUUAUCCUGAUCAUUAUAAAUUUGUUUUGCUAUCUAAAUUUAUUCUAACAUAAAAUCAAUCCGAAAGUUGGUCUAUUUGUCAAUGUUGUUUUAUUAUUUACUAACAAAAGAAGAUGGACAAAAUUUACCAGAGAGUUAUUUCUUCUAUUUAAUAAGAUUUAUUAUUUAAGGGGUAUUCUAGUCUAGAAGCCAAAUUUUUAUGCUUUGUAAAUUUUUUUUUUUAAAGAAGGUUUAGGAUUUUUUGAAACAAGUUUUUUUCCUACACAUUAGUACAUAUUUAAAUUAUAUUUAAAUUUUUUUAAUUAAAAAAUAACUAUAAAUAAGCUCUGCAUACAAUAUUGAAUGAGUUAAAAAAAAAUUUGGUCCACAACUACCAUGAUUCCGUUCUGCUCAUCUGAAACAAGAAAAAGAAUGAAUAGAUUCUUAAUUAAUUUAAGUUUGGUUACAGGGGUAGAAUGAAAGAAAUAUUGAAUUUUUUAAAAUAAUCUUUUGAAAAUUGAUAAAUUUCAAUUUUUGUCAUUCUUUUGUCUCUGAAGAGAUGUAAAAGUUAAAAAAAAGAAGCUAUUUUGAUUUGAUCAUGGUAGGGGCUAUGGCUAUACAUAUAUUGAAUAAAAAUGUUACAUAAAAAUAAUUUUACUUAUUAUCGAUUAAUCAGCUAGUUCAGGGUAAUACAGGGAACCUUCCUCUUGCUUAUAAAAAUCUUGCAAAGCUGUUUUUACUUCUCUAUGAUUUAUUCUCUCGUCUCUAGCAAAGUCAAUUAAGCGUUGCUCCAAAUGGGUGAACAACAGUUUUGUUCUUAUAUAUCUUUUCUUGCUGAUCAAUGGUCAUUCUCAUUACAUUUAUAACUUUCAAAAUUGGCAUAAUCUGCAUAUAUAAGAUUUUUUAGUAUGUAAAUAAAUAAAAAACUUAGCUUGUGCUUACUCACUUCAACGUUCAAAACUGCACUGAGAAAGCAAAUAAUCCUUCACAGACAGAUUAAACUCAAACGUAUAUUUUAAGAAGAUCCUAUUCUAAAUAUAAGACCUUCAAAAAAUAACGAUUUUCCGCACCUUAGCCAAUAUAUAAAUAUUGACAUAAAGAUGUAUUAUGCAUUGAGCACACACCAGAGAUAGUUUUUUAUCAGAUUCUUCAUAAUUUUGUUAAUUUUACGAUUAAUUUCAGGCUAAAUUUGCAGAUAUAUUUUUCAUAUCAAUACUUGCAAAAUAUGCAAGAAGAGAAAAACGAUUUUUUUGACUCGCUGACUAGAAUUAUCCCCUUAAAAGACUUAAGAGGAUGCUAAACUGCUCGUCAAACUUGAUCGAGGUCGAUAAUGUAGAGACAUUUGUACUCAUUAACAAAAUUUUGUACGUAUUUCUUUUAUAUAUUUGGAAAUCCUUUUCCAGAAUUGAAAUUUAUGUACAUAAUAUCUGUUUAUGAAUUGAAUUUCAUACCAAAAAUUAAAAAAAAUUUUCCAGAUUGCUCUUUUUAGACACAAAAUUUUCUGGCUAGACAAUCUUUUUUAUUAGAACGUCUACGCUCAAUCUGAAAGCGUAGCAUUGUUCCUAAAUGUUCACUUGUAUUGGGCCCAGGCUUGAUUUAUGCGUACAAGGUCUAACAUUUUUACAUCAGGCACAUUUUGUUACAAGUCGACGCUAGAAGCAAUUUUAAAUUUUUUUGUCGUUUUUCCUAGAAAAUUGUUACAACCCGUCUUUGUUAUCGUCUAUACUUUAAUCCUGGAGAAGGAUUCUUAUUCUGUAAAUGCAAUUAAAAGAUUGAUGAGCCAGAAAAUUAUCGAUAAACAGGACAACUUUAGCAUCCUCUCAAGAAUUAUUCAAACGUAAUUGUUCAGUAAUAGAUUUAUUUACAAUAAAGAAAAAAUAGGCCCAUUUUCAGGAAUUAAGUUUAUCCUUUCAAAGUAAAUUUAAGAGCAAUAAAAAUAAUUUAUUAUAUGUUUUUUAUGUAUUACCAACGUUUUAUAAUUUUUUGAAUAUAUAUACAUAUACAUAAUAUAUUGUUAUAUAUUUUAAAUAUAGAAUAUACAAAUAUUCCUAUUUUAUAAUUUAAAUUAAAUUUUACUGUAUAUUAUAUAUUGCUGCUUUCCAUUUACAUCAAAACUCAGAUAAUUCUCAUUUGUGACUUGUCAUAACUCAAUUGAACGCACAUUCCUUUUGCAUUCUCACAAAUGAGAUUCAACUGAGUUUUUUUCUUACAAUUUGAGCAAUUUUAAGACAGUGCUUUACUGAGUUUCGCAUACUCACUUUAAAAGUAAGGUUAUCUAUUGCGAUAAUUUUGUUAUUAAAAUAAGUGUGAUCACUUGCAUGUUUCUUUAAAUCAUUGAGUAAUGACUAUCUGAGUAUAAAAUACUCAUAUUACUGAGUAAAUCAGUCUUACUUUAACAUAAAUAGAAAGCAGCAUAUAUAAAACAAAAAAAAUAUAUAUAUGUAUAUAUUAUAUUUAUAUAGGCUGCGUUCCGAUAUUUACUUUUAAUACUGAAAAUCUACAAUAUAUGUGACGUAAACUAUAGAUUUUCAGUACUGCAGCAACUGGCAGUGAAUAUCGGAACGCAGCCAUAGUGUAAUUCUAAGAUCACUAUUGCCGCUGAUUUUGACUGUUAGCUAUUGUAUCUAGUGAGAUUCAUCUAUUGUAUUUUAUAGGCAAGUGAUUUCAAGAUUAUAUUUAUAAUAUCAUAAAAACCUUAAGAUUUUCAGUCUGUUUAAAGUAAGUAUCUAUAUUAUUUUUCAAAUAUUAUUUAUACAAUCACUACAAAAAUAUGUUAAUAAAUAUUUAUCAACAUAUUUUUGUAGCGACAUAAUUUACGACGCAAUUGUAAUAAAAUAAAAUCCAGUUAUCUCUUGUUUAUAAUUAGUGAUUAGGAAUUAAGUAUCUACAAGUAGGCUUGAAUUUGUUUCAAAUCCUUUAUCUAAUAUCUCGGAAAAUAAAAGUAGUUCAAAGAAACUCGAAUCUGGAACAAUUAUGUUCAAAUUCUUUUUAAGUAUUUUACUAAAAACUUUAUACCUAUUAUUUUACUAAUUUUUUUCUUUCUAGUUAUUUAUAGUUUGAAUAUUUUACUCAAAAUUAGAUUUGUAUCAUAGAAAUUACUUACAAGUACAUUUUGAAUCAUUAUAUAGGUACUCAUUCUUAAACUCAUAAAUAAUUAAUCGGUAUCGAUUACUUUCGCAAGUACAAUAUAUAAAAUAUUAUUUUGAAUAGAAAAUAAAACUUAAUUAGUAGAUUUAACUUGAAUUUUUAAGUAUAUAUUAAACUUGAUCCUAUCACUACUUAUAAUCAUCUGAUAUCUCCAAGAUAUAUUUUUAGUAUAUUUUUAGAAUAGGGACUUUCACGAGAACGAUUCAAUUUGUUAAACUAUCUGCUCUAAGAGAUUUUUUAUUUUAUUUUCUAUAUAAUUAAAGAAUUAUGUUUAUUUUAACAUUUAUUGAGUACAUUCGAUAAAUAUAGAUUAAUUUUUGAGAAAGAAAUGAUCCAAGAUACGCUAUAUCUGGAACACUAUAGGGAGCAGUUAUUGAGUUAUUAUGAUCACAUAGAAAAAUUUUUAUUUAACGAAUAAUAGUAACAAAA